AUGGAUAGGUGAGUGAACACAUUUGGGCCAUGGAUGUUUGCAUUUGUUGAUAACGAAAACACUGCGCGUUAUUGAGAGAGUGUUCUCUCUCUCCCUCUCUUCUAGUCUACCCGUCUCUUCUCGUUCACCCUGUCUUUACUGCGCGCGAUAGAAUGCUAACUAACAGACGCAACACGACGAGUAAAACUAUCAUAAAUGAACACCACUGAUAAUUCCAGUCUUCCUUUGCUGCCCACUUCUAACGAGAAGAAAUCGUCAAAACUUAUCAGUUUUAUACGUGUAAUUGUGAGUUUUUAAAAAAGUCUUUUAAAGUCAAUAUAAAAACCAAAUAAUUUACAGAUUAAAUGUACAACAUGCUUUGAAAAACUACUAUUUUUCAUUGGAAUUAUUUUUUCAAUCUGCACUGGUCUCUGUCAGCCUUUUAUGAGUUAUACCUUUGGAGAAGUUGCUCAAGUACUGGUAACAAUCACAAAUGCAAUCAACAACAAAACAAUCGGUAAUAGAGACAAAUAUUAAUCCAAUUUUUAUUUGAAUAUUCAGAUCCUGCUGAUCUCGAAAAAGCAUACGAAGUGUACGAACACGACAUGAAUCGCGUCUCUCUCCAUUUCUUCCUUUGCGGUUCUGCUUACUUUAUUUUUGGAUCUCUUCAGGUAUAAAAUCAGAUGUUCUCCUUUUUCAACUCAUUUUCAGUUCUCCGUCAUGAAAUUCGUCGGAGACAACACCACUUAUCGUGUUCGCAAACAAUACAUUUCCCGUCUGCUCCGCAAAGACGCCCAGUACUUUGAUAGUGUAUCAACUGGACAUUUGUCGACCGUUCUGAAUGAGUAUGUGAACAAAACAAGUCGUGAGUUCAAGAAUUUCUGAAAUUACAGCAAUCUGGAACGAUUUCGAGAAGUGUUCAACGAAAAAAUCGCACUUAUCCUUGCCUUUCUCACUGACUUCAUUGUUGGCACAUCAUUGGCGUUCUACACUGACUGGAGGCUAGCAUCUUAUGGUAUCUUUUUCUCGCUUGGAAUAGCAUUCUCCGGCUUCUUGAACUCUGCCAGCAUGAUGGCUUCGACUGAAAAACAGAAUAAACAUUACGCGAAUGCCGGUUCGAUUGCAUCCCAAACUCUCGGAGCCUUCAAAACAGUCUGCUCCCUUAACGGACAGAAACAAGAAAUUGCACGGUAGUGUACAAAAUCAAAGGCAAUAACAAAGUUAUUAAUUUCAGAUACACGGCAGAACUGAAAGAAGGUGAACGACACGGAUUCCGUCGAGCUCUCGGUUAUGCAAUCUCGAGAGGUGUCACUUAUUUCUUCUGUAACGCAUUGAACACUGCUGUUCUGUACGCUGGUACAAACAUGAUCUACUCGCAUAGACUUGAACCUGCAAUUGUUGUUAGGGUAUGCUCUCUCGAUAGAUAUGCUUGACGAGGAAAACAUAGUAAUUUGCAGUUGUUCCAUUUCUUAAUGUUCGGAGCUUUCUGCCUCAGUGAAGCACUUCCCCACCUCUCCCUUUUAUCAAGUGCCAUUUCGUCAUCAGCUCCAAUUGCUGAAAUGCUGAUAAAAGUAAGUUACAAGAAAAGAUAAUGAAAACAGUCACGUAUUGUAGGACGACAAUGUUAUUGAAAGAGAGGAAGAAGACAAUGGAAGUGAAAUGGAGGUUCAGGGAAGGAUUCAGUUCGACAAUGUCCGAUUCUCCUAUCCAUCUCGUCCGGACUCUGAAGUUCUGAAAGGAAUCUCAUUCAAUGUGAACAAUGGCGAAUGCAUUGCACUAGUUGGUGCAAGUGGAAGCGGAAAAAGUACAGUUGUGCAACUUCUGCUCCAUUAUUACAACAUUGAUUCCGGAGACAUUCUGAUUGAUGGAGUGAAAUUGAAUUCAAUAGGUCUCAAGAAACUCCGACGCGUCAUUGGAGUGGUUUCCCAAGAACCGGUGCUUUUCAACACGACGAUUGAGGAGAAUAUCAGAUUCGGAAAUCCAAAUGCGACUUUGCCCGAAAUUUAUGGAGCACUGAGGAAGGCCAACGCAUAUGAUUUCGUAUGUGGAUUCCCAAAAGGGAUAAAAACAGUAGUUGGAGAAAGAGGAGCACAGUUGUCUGGAGGUCAGAAACAGAGAAUUGCAAUUGCAAGGACGUUGGUACGAAAUCCGAAGAUCUUACUUUUGGACGAAGCAACGAGCGCCUUGGACAAUGAAAGUGAGCAUGUUGUACAGAAAGCUCUUGAAAAUGUUAGUAAACACUGAUCGCGUUACAGUUAUCUAUAAAAUUGAUUUAGGCUGCACAAGGGAGGACGACAAUUGUGGUCGCACACCGAUUGUCUACCAUCAGAAAUGCUAGCAAGAUUAUUGUGAUGCAAAAAGGAAAAGUAUGAUUUGGAAUAUGGUGCCUGAGUGAGUUGAAUAUUCACUUCUGUUUUUCAGAUUGUGGAAGUAGGCAAUCACGAUGAACUGAUAGCGAAUCAAGGAGUCUAUAACGAUUUAGUGCAAGCGCAACUCCUGGAUUCGAGCGAUUUUGGUGAUCUUUCACCUUUAGCCGCCAGACAGCAAUCUCAAGAAUUGUCACCUCUUCACAGUUACACAAUGCAGAGAAGCACUAGCAACGAACCGGGUGUUCAUGACAAUGAAAUGGAACGGAUACUUGACGAGCUCAAUCAGGAAGGUGCAAAAAAAUCGAAUCUGAAAGAGAUUAUCAAAAUGUGUCACCCGGAUUACUGUAUUCUACUGAUUGCCGUGUUUGGUAGUGUUAUUCAAGGUUUCAGCUAUCCCAUUUUGGCUCAACUCAUUGUCCGCACUUAUCAGGUUGGCACAUCAGGACUAGAACUCAUAAUUCCAUCGGUUUUUUCAGGCAUACUCCAUGGAAGGUGAAGACAUUCUUACUUACGGUCACUUAUGGGCUCUCUCGUACUUGUUUCUGGCUGUCUUCCGGCCAAUCACAUUGUAUUGCCAGUAUUACUACUUUGGAAAAGUCGCAGAACGACUAUCAACUCGACUUCGCGUAAAAUCAUUUGAACACCUUCUAUCUCUUCCGUGUGCUUUUUACGAUGAUCCGAAACAUUCACCCACCAGACUGGCAACACGGCUCAACACAGAUGCUUCGAAUGUGAAAGCGGCCGUAGACGACCGUCUAGGAUGCGUAUUAAUGACUUUUGUGGCAAUCACUGUCGCCAUCACAACCGCAUCGAUAUACUGUUGGAAAAUGACGUUGGAGGUAAGAACAACACGACUGUGCCAUCAUGGACAUCAUAAAACAGGUUCUCAUGUUCUUUCCACUACUUUAUAUUGCCGAGUACUUUUACGAAACUGCAAUCGAAAACGCAGUUCAUGAGGAUUCAAUCGCCUUCGAAAAUAGUAACAGAGUGAGUUUUUCAGCGUUCUGCCUGACUAAAAAUAGUGGUUUGAAGACUGCAAUAGAAGCGAUCGAGAAUGUGAGAACUGUGAGAUCGCUCAAUUUGGAAAACAAGAUUAUGACGAUGAUCACCGACCAUCUACAGAAAAGCCGUAGUUCGUACCUGAAACGGGCCGCAAUUCAGGUAACAGAUUUGUUUGGGAUCUUUCAAAUACUAUAUUUUUAUUCAGGGUGUUUCUAAUGGUCUCUCGAUGAGCUGUUUCUUAUUUGUCUAUUCAGUCUCUUUCAAGUUUGGAACGUAUUUAGCGCUACGCAAAGAGGUAGCUCCGAUGGACACGUACUUGGUUCUUAUGACAUUGUCAAUGACAUCGAACAUGGCUGGUUCAGCCGCCGCAUACCUUCCGGAUUAUAAAAAAGCAGUGCACGCUGCUGGACUGAUAUUCAAACUGUUCACUUAUCCGGCCACUAUGCCAUUCGACUCGAAAGACGGAAAGAUCAACAUUGUCUCGGGAGAAAUCGAAGGAGAAGAUCUUCACUUCCAUUACGAACAACGACCAGAUCACAUGGUUUUGAAUGGCGUCAAUCUGAAGGUAGAGGCUGGAAAGACGCUUGCUCUGGUUGGACCGAGUGGGUGUGGAAAAUCUACAAUCAUCUCACUUCUGGAACGCUUUUACCAUGUCGCUGAUGGGGAAAUGGUAAUCAGAUUUGGAAUAACUUAUCAUAAAACGCAAUUUUUUUCAGAAUAUCGACCAUGAAAACGUAGAGGACAUCAAUUUGCACCAUCUUCGAUCGAGUGUUGCACUGGUGUCACAGGAGCCCACUCUCUUCAACUGCUCCAUCCGAGAAAACCUUCUAUACGGAUUGACCCGCACAGUUCCGCAGUUGGAAGUGGAGAAAGCUCUGCAGACUGCAAACGCAUUCCAUUUCGUAUAUCAAUUCCCUCAGGUUCGGAUCUUGACCUUUCACCUCAGCGAACUCGUUCUUUCAGGGAUUGGACACAAUUGUUGGUGAGCGUGGGGCACAGCUAUCUGGAGGUCAGAAGCAAAGAAUCGCAAUAGCACGUGCAAUCCUCCGAAAUCCAAAAAUAUUGCUACUGGAUGAGGCGACAAGUGCUCUGGACACAGACAGUGAAAAGGUUACUGAAAACAAGCUGAUCUACAUAUACAUUAUACUUUCAUCAGGUGGUGCAAAAUGCUCUGGAUACUGCAAGUGAACGUCUCUCCACUGUCAUCGUUGCUCAUCGUCUGUCUACCGUUGUCAAUGCUGACUCUAUUGCAGUGCUGAAAAACGGAAAAGUUGCAGAACAAGGUAUUCACAGAAACAUAACAAAUUGACAUUUUUAUUUUACAGGAACUCACGAGGAAUUGCUCAGAUAUCGAAAUGUCUAUUGGCGAUUGGUUCAGAAACAAGGAGUUCAAGUACAAGCCGCUUCAUACUAG